GUUAUAAAUAUUAAAAUGUUUAGAGGAAGAAAUAUAAGAAUGCAAGGAAUAGAUCUAGGAUUUGCUGAAGAAUGUGAAAGUGAAUGGUUAACAAAUGCCCACUUUCCAAGUAAACUGGGAGGUAAGCCAGCAUGGCUUCAUUUGGGAGAUUUACCAACAACGGAAGCUUUAAAAUGCAGUAAGUGCAACAAUCAAAAGAGCUUCUUGUGUCAGAUUUAUGCUCCUUUCGAUGAUGAUUACAAUUUUCAUCGUAUGGUGUAUGUUUUCGUCUGUCGGACAGAAUCAUGUUUUAGUGCCAAUGAUAAUAGCAAUAUUACAGUUUUACGAAGUCAGUUGCCUUUGCGCAAUGAAUUUUACCCCGAUGUACCACCACCGGAAGAAGGCGAGGCUGUGCCUGAAGUUCUUCCCCUCAACACGAAGCUGUGUAUGGCCUGUGGUUGUGUGGGUCCCUUGAAAUGUGGUCGUUGUAAAAAAGUCAACUACUGUGGAGCACCACAUCAAAGAUUACACUGGAAAAUUCACAAAUUGACAUGUACAACUGAAGAGUCUGUUCCAGCUAAAGCUCACAACCAGCAUAUUCCAGAAAUUUUGUUUCCAGAAUGGGAAAUUGAUAUGAAUACUGAUGAAGAUGACAACAUAAGAAAUGAUUCAAAAUCAGAUAUAGACGAAGAGCAGGAACUGAAAAAGUUGGAACAAUUAACAGCUUCAGGUAAAGCAGGAGAGUUCCAAAAUUUACCCGAAUCGGAGUUGGAAAAGUACACAAAAGGCAGUGAGGAAAUAGAUGACAAAUAUUUUCGAAAAUUUCGCAAGGAAUGCGAUAAAGAUCCUAUGCAAAUUAUACGUUACAAACGUAAUGGGCAAGCAUUAUGGAUAGCUGACACAGAAACUACUAUCAAAGAACAAUUACACAAUAUUCCCAAGUGUGGUUUAUGUGGUGCUGAACGUGUAUUUGAAUUUCAAAUUAUGCCGCAAAUGUUGAACUAUUUGAAAGAUGCCAAUGUUGACUGGGGUGUUAUAGCUGUCUAUACCUGUCCCAAAAGUUGUCCCUUACCAAUAGACAAAGGGUAUGUAGAGGAAUUUUGUCUUAAACAGGAUAUAGUAAAUAGCCAAUGACGAUAUUGUUUCCCUUAAGCUAGGUACACACGUUGUAUUUGUGUUUAUAUUAUAAAUCAAUAAAAAUAUAAUGCAUACAAA